AUGUGCCAGCCGAACAGGUUCCUUUUCCGCAACCCAAAUUAUGGUGCUGGGUGGGUGAGAGGGGGUAGAGGGGGGAGAGGAGGGGAGGAAGAGGAAGACGAGGAGGAUGAGGAGGACGAGGAGGACGAGAAGGAUGAGAAGGUGGAUGAUAAGGAGGAUGGAGAUGGGAGGAAGGAGGGGAAGGAUAAGGGUGCUAAGGCCUUCACUUAG